AUGAUGCAGUAUGGCUCCUUCAACAACAACCAAUUCCCAAAUAAUUAUAAUCCACGUGUAAACGUCCAGCAGCAGCAGCACAUGGUCCAACAGUCCCAGGCCGUCUAUGCCCAGCAGCAGGCGCGUCAGCGUGCUCAACAGACGCAGGCCCAACAGCUGCACCAGGCUCAGCAGGUCGCUCAGGUUCAGCAGCAGCAGCAGCUGUAUGGUGCCCACGACGCUGGCUCCCAGGGCAAUCCAGCCUUGGACGACGAAAAGAUGACAGAGCUCGUCUACUCGAUGUACAACAUUGAUAAACGGGAGAGUGCGCUCCUAGAGCUCAGCAAACGACGAGAACAAUACGACAAUCUCGCCCUCGUCCUCUGGAACUCGUUUGGGACCAUGGCCAUCCUGCUGACCGAGAUUAUCGACGUUUAUCCACUUCUUUCCCCUCCAGCACUCACUGCUUCUGCAUCAAAUAGAGUUUGCAAUGCACUUGCGCUUUUGCAGUGCGUCGCAUCGCAUCCAGAGACGAGAAGUGGCUUUUUGGCCGCAAACCUUCCCUUGCUCCUUUAUCCGUUUCUCAACACCACCUCGAAAACGCGACCAUUUGAAUAUCUCCGUCUCACCUCGCUCGGGGUCAUCGGUGCCCUUGUUAAGCCCGCCGGCACCGAUCCCGUGAAUCCUGCGGACAAUGCUCAGGUCAUCAAUUUCCUGCUUACAACCGAGAUUAUUCCCCUGUGCUUGCGUAUCAUGCAGCACGGUACCGAACUCUCCAAGACGGUGGCCAUUUUCAUUGUGCAAAAGAUUUUGCUCGACGAGAUCGGAUUGACCUACAUUUGCCAUACGUAUGAACGCUUCCACGCAGUGGUCAACGUUCUCGGUCUCAUGGUCAACGAUCUUACGCAUACGCAAGCCGUCCGUCUCCUCAAGCAUGUCGUCCGCUGCUACCUCCGCCUUAGCGACAAUCCAAAGGCCCGAGAGGCCCUUGCCAAUACGCUCCCCGACGCCCUCAAGAACAAGCAGUUUGAUGCGCUUCUCAAGGCAAGUAAAAACUUUGAACCAUUGCAGCUUGUCCCUAACAACGCCCCAGAGUGA